AUGAAAAAGAUGCAAUUAUUUUAUAUUUUUGAGCUUAAUGAACCUAAAAAAGCGAAUGUUGCUGCUGAAGAACCCAAAAAUUUGAACGUUGAAUGGCCACCUCAUUUUGAUUUCGAAGCAUUAUUCAGAAACGCAAAAAGAAAAGAAAGGGCGCCAAAUGCAUUCAUACUUUUUCGUAUAAAAUAUUUGGAGAGUCUUCAGCAAGUUGGCAUCAAUUAUCCAAUGCCUAUUGUAAGUCGCAUGGCUUCUGCAGCUUGGAAACGACAACCAGAAUAUAAAAAAUCCAAAUAUGAAUCCUUAUCCUUUGCAGCUAGUCUUCAUUGGUCCAAAUGGAACCCAAAGCCAAAUCAAAGAUCCGUUAAAAAAUCAGGCAGUCAGAGACGAAGAGCUGAUCGUGACAUUUACCGAACACCAGCAUAUGUUGCUAUCUUAGAUACGGACAACAAUCAAAUAUUUGGAGAAGAAUUUAAUCCGCUCCAUUGA